AUGUCUUUCCCUGUACCAACGCGAGCACUGUUAAACCCGAAGUUCGACGGAUACAAGUUCUCGCCGCUGGAUUACAAUGAGGUCACUUCGCACUAUCCUCUAGAGCACAAGGUUUCGCAAACCAACGUGUCCGGACGUACCCCUCUCUCCUUCGAGGAGGUACAAAGCCGCGUUACUCACAACCACCUUGCCAUUUGCGGUCAAACCAGGCGAGCCGCAUACGUUGACGCGGAGCUUAGGGUGAUUGGAAUCGAUGUGGACGAGGCUACACUUCGACCUGCCUUUCGAAUACUCUACGAGCUACCAAGGCCCGUUCAAUCUUCUGCUGUCGAGUCUCUCCAGCGGGAGUACCCUUCUGCAGCAUUUGUGGACGCGGCGUCCCUAUUUGUCGCCGAUGGACAUGGCUCACUUUACGCUCUGCGUGUUGCAGAUAGUGGACCCGCGGAGUUGCUGGCCACGUAUGAGCUCACCAUCCCCGAAGCCUACGAAUCCUCACAGACCUCGGUCCCCUUCCGGCUGCACCAGGCCAUUAACCCCGACGGCCUACGCGCCGCCCUAGUCCUGUCGUCGAAGCACUACCCCAAGACCGGCCAGCCAGUCACAAGUACCUCAAAGCCGCCCCAGGUCAAGUUUGACCUAUGGGGUGUGCAGAUCCCCCUCCCCCUUGCGCAAUCUCCACAAACGCAAGCGCUCCAGAUCGUCUGGCACCGACGCGGAGCCGACGUUCCGGCGUACAUUGCAUACGACUCUUCGCGCAAAUCCUUCCUCUUCGUCGGCAGUUCCGUCUAUCUCCCGGCAGCCGUCGCUUCCUCGCCGCCAUACGAGCCCUCCCCAGAGGAGCUCGCACCGAUUCCCCGUGCAGGCGAGAAUCUUGACGGCCCGACAGACGAGAACCGAUCUAGGCCCCCUCCUCCCUAUUCGUGGACACAAACGUCGGACUCGGUGACAGUGGCGAUCCCGCUUCCCGCAGACACUCCGACAGAGCACAUCAAAGUCGCGUUCUCUCCGCGCACGCUCACCGUUCUUGUCGAGGGGCCCACCUCGCCCACAUCGACGGAUGUCCCAGUCGUAGUGCCCCGCUUUACGCUCAAGCCGCUGUGGGACGGGAUCCACCCCGGUACAUCGCUCUGGACGUUCGAUCGCGCCGCCGAGAGCAAGUACGGUAUCUUGGCUCUCCACCUCGACAAGCAGAACGAGGGCACCCGCUGGUCGCAGGUCUUCGCCGCUGCCGGGACCGGACAGGGCGAGGAGGAGGUCCCCGAGACGCUUGACCCGACGGAGCUAUACAACAUCCGCGAGGCGCUGGAGAAGUACACGGCUGCGCUCCAGAGCGGCACGGACGCUAGCGGGCUGGGAUUGGGGACGGGCGUGCCGAGUCUUGCGGAGGGAGAACGGGACGACGAGGUCGACCUGUCCGUCGGGAAGUCCGUGUGCGUCACAUGGGUUGGCGUUGAUGGGAGGCAUGACAUGCAUGGUGACGACUCGCCACUGCAAGUGCUUUCGACGCCAUUCCCUGGGGCUGCCGGCUCUUUCAAGACAUCUCUUGUUGCCAAACACGGCCUGGACGGCGUGACGUUUACGCUGAAGGACGCAGCCAACCCGGAGGACCCACCCAUAUGGGAGCACACCUCAACUUACUCCGCGCUCUCUUUCGUCCUCGCAUCCAAGAGAGACACCCGCUUCGUCCACCACGUCUCUUCCAAGGCUGUUUUUGCGUUUGAGAGUGGUGCGCAGGACCUCGGUGGGAACGUCUACAUCUACCGCGGGGCUGGCCCGAAGGAGAACUGGGCGAAACAAGCAAUUCUUAAGAUCGGUGGCGGUCUCGCAGGCUCGCUCCUAGGCGUGGGGUUGAUGAAGGUGCAAGGCAGAAUCGUCAUCUUGGCGCUAUGCGAGGGGGAGCUGGUCGUACUCUAUGGUAUAUUGUAA